CAAACUCAAUAUGGUGAUUACUAUUAUCAUAGCCAUAAUCACCUUUGAAACGGCCACAUAUGGGUUGACCAUACAGCGUCAAAUUGACCACAAUAAAUGGACCACAUUACCCGAUAGGUUGAAGUUACCUCAGUCGCAGUGURAAAAAAUGGAUUCCWAUUGCUCUGCGAUUGGAGCUCGUAAGGCUUCACCAUGUACGUGCGAGUGUGACGACCCAUCUAAGAUACUGAUUUACUUUGAAGGAAUCUGGAAGUGUAUGGAAAAUACUCAAGUAAAACACUUAACAAAAUGCCCAAUGAAUGUUACAAUCUACAGGGAAAAUGCUGUGAAUAUCUUCACUAUUCCACUAAAUCCACAAGUGACCAUAGAAUACAAUGCAUCCCGCUUCCUGGUCCCUCGAUUCUGUUGGUUCUACACAGAAAGUGAAUUCCUGGAAUGUAAUGGCUCUUGGUCGAAAUUUUCUGCAGGAAAUAUGUUCAGCAUCUCGUCAAAUCUAAUGAUCACGGUAAUCCGAUGGGACUAGUUUUGUCAAGUUUUACCUCGCGGGUUUAAUGACUUGUUUCGUAUGCAAAAAGAUCUGUGAUAUAGAAGAUAAUGAAAUAGUCACGAGCUUUAUCUAAAUGUUUACACACAAUUAAAGCUAAUACAAUGUAAAAGAGAUUGCGAAACUCAACUAUUUUGUGCAAUUUAGCUAAUGGUGUUCAUAAAGAGCAAUGGAGAUUCA